CAUUCCUGACUUCAAUUAAUGCUUGACCAUUGAUUUCUCUCCCCGUCUGCUGCUUUAUAUACUAAUUUAUAACUCCUUUCUUUAUAGUCGUUGGGGAACAAACAAGAUUGGCGCUUCAACCUUUUGAUGAAGUGAGAUUGUGAAUUUGAGCUGUUUUUGCAACUGGGAAUUUGGUUUUUAUGUGUUUGGUAAAGUUGUUGAGGAGAAAUAUUUUUCUUUCUGAUUGGGUGGUCUUGUGAUUGAUGAAUUGGUAAUUAGUUCCUUGAUCUGGGAUUAUUUUUGUUCUUCUAUUUAUUGAACUAAAUUUGAUAGGGAAUUCGGCCUUUAAGGUUCUCAUGAUGCUGUGAUAACUGAGUUCAGAAUGUUCUGAUUUUUUGGUUCUCUUGCAUUAAUAUCUUUGCUUCUAACUCGGGGUUUGAGCUCUCCUCUUUCAUAAAAAUUGGAUCUUUCUUAAUUCAGUUUCUGUUUGGAGGUACCUUGGCACCAGAGUUCUUGGUGAUGUUCCAUUGAAAUUUUAAGUGCUUAUGAAUAUUUCGGCUGGUUUGUCUGGAGCUGUUUCAGAAUUUUGACUUCAGGGUAUAUGGUCUUUUCUAGUUUAAGAUACAGCAUAUCUGCUUUUCUUCAGCUUCUGGAUUAAAUUCUAAAGACUGAUUGGCUUGAGAACCGUGUUUUGAGAGGUUGCUUUAGCGUUGUUGAAUCAAAUUCUGCAUAUCAUUUGAGUUUAUAGCACACAACUACUCUUUCACCUUUGCCAGUUUGUUGUGUUCAAGUUGCUUCUGAUUUCUUGGCUUGGCGUAGGAGUUGCAGCUGAGUUUAUCCCUUGUGGAGCCUUGAGAUUUAGCAAUGCUAACACCAUUUCUUGGAUUUGGAAGAUGGAAUUUGUGGGCCGUAGUACAUCGCUGACCAUCACAGUGGUAGUUUUGAGUUUAUUGGUGUUGGUGCAGUUGCCAGGACUAUCAGCUUCUGGUUUAUUAAUUGAUUCGAAUACUUGUGGAACAUACCAUAUUGGCUAUUCAGAUGAUCUUAAAGAGAGAUUGUUCUACAUUGAUGGAAAAUUAGUAGAUAGAAAUUUGUUUUGCAAAGCUCUCAAAUUCUAUCAAGAGAAUCAUUGCUUCAUUAGGGGAAACGCUAGAAAUCAACAUUGCAGUUUGUACGAUUCAUUGGAUGAGCUGCCUUUCAGGGCAGGAAGAAAAAUUUUGAAGGAAGGAGUAAGAGAAGAGUCGAUGGAAGAUCAUUUUAAAACACAGCAAAUGGAGGACAAAGAAGCCAAGUAUGUCAUAUUAACCCCAAAAAACUUGGCCAUGGCAGCACCUGGAGUUCUUCUUCUUUGCUGUGGCUUAGUUUGUCCUUGCUUUCGUGCAAGAAGAAAAGAAAGUUCUGUUCCUGUAUUUGAGAAGGAACCAAAUUCAAUGGACUCAGUUUCCUCUUUAGAAAUCAAUUCAGUUCCCGAAAAAAUUCCACCCAGUCCUUUACGGGUGCCACCUAGUCCUCUACGGGUGCCACCUAGUCCUUCUAGGUUUUCAAUGUCACCAAAACUUGAUAGAGUUGGAUCUGUUCAUCUAAAUAUGAGUCAAGUUGUGAGAGCUACCCAAAAUUUCUCACCAUCAUUAAAAAUAGGUGAAGGAGGUUUUGGAACGGUUUACAAAGCACAGCUACCUGAUGGCCAGGUUGUUGCCAUUAAACGUGCUAAGCAGGAGUACUUUGACACCCUACGAACUGAGUUUAGAAGUGAAGUUGAACUACUGGCCAAAAUUGAUCAUCGGAAUCUGGUCAAGUUACUUGGUUAUGUUGAUAGAGGAAAUGAGCGCCUUAUUAUUACAGAAUAUGUACCAAAUGGUACUCUAAGAGAACAUCUGGAUGGUCUACGAGGCAAAACCUUGGACUUCAAUCAGCGACUUGAGAUUUCUAUUGAUGUUGCUCAUGCCUUGACGUAUCUGCAUCUGUAUGCAGAGAAGCAAAUAAUCCACAGAGAUGUGAAGUCAUCCAAUAUUCUUCUGACCGAAAGCAUGAGAGCCAAAGUUGCCGAUUUUGGAUUUGCAAGGCAAGGAGAGAUGGACUCUGAUAAAACACAUGUUUCGACUAAGGUUAAAGGAACAGUUGGUUACUUGGAUCCAGAAUAUAUGAAGACUUAUCAACUCACAUCGAAGAGUGAUGUAUACUCAUUCGGGAUUCUGUUAAUAGAAAUUUUAUCAGGUCGUCGUCCAGUGGAGUUGAAAAAACCUGCUGAAGAGAGGGUGACAAUUAGAUGGGCUUUUGGCAAGUAUAGUGAAGGAAAUGUUUAUGACAUGCUCGACCAUCAAAUGCAUGAAACAAUAGACAGGGAGAUACUAGUGAAGAUGUUUGGUUUAGCUAUCCAGUGCGCAGCACCUACACGAGCUGAUCGUCCAGACAUGAAGGUAGUGGGAGAGGAAUUGUGGGCAAUUAGAAUGGACUACAUGAGAAGGGGAAGGAGGGAGUGACUUGGAAGUUUGUAGUGGCUUUUUAUGUUGAUGCUGUAUAGAAAAACCCUGUUUUGACAAUUUUCUGUUGGCCUUUAUUUUCGUCAAUUCCACGUUUUUCGCUUAUGAUAAUGAUCCGUUGCCUCAUACUUGGUGCUCGUCAAUUGUGUAGAUGCAUUUGUAUUAGCUUUUGGCUUUGCGUCACUCACGGUACCCUAUUCGAAAGGAUGAUAGCUGUUAACGACUGCAAUACUUGAAUGAAUUACAUCGUUAGUACAGAACAUUGCUCUU